GACGCCUCCUGGACGACCACUGCUGCAGCCCCGGAGUCGUGAGCCCAGCCUGUUGCCCGCUGUAACCGCUAGCUACCGCUGGAAUUUGACCCUUUGCGACCGACCACAACAUCUCUCGUUCGACGCCCUCCGACACCCGCCUCCACUCUGGCGACCUCAUAGCAGCUCCCUCCAGCUCCCUCCGCCUGUCUGCCAGCAUGGCCUCGCCCGGUGCCUCUCCGCCGUCGAGGGGCAAUGCUCCUCCUCACAUCCGCCUCAACUCAGGGACGGACAACAUGCUCAUCGACGACCUCCAGAACAGCCGCCCCGGCACCGCGCGCCAGUCCUCCUCACGCUCAUUAAUACCCUCCCACCCCGGCACCGCCCCCUCGUCCGGUCUGCGCUCCCCCCCGUCGGGCAGCGACCUGUACAACCAGCCUGCCCACAUCGCCGAUUCCGCAGAGCUAUUACUACCUCCCAAAAAGAUGCGGACACGGCGCUUCCGAGACGAGUCGCCAGCACCGCAGUCUCCCUCGGGCAUGUCGUCGCGGCGGACGAGCUGGAGCUCCGAGUCGUCCGUCAGUCGAGACUCCCGACACAGCCCCUUUGCGUCGCCCUUUGAUGAUUCGCGGGCCCCUUCGCGGGCUGGGAGCGACGACGAGCUCAACACACAGACCGUGUCCGAGAAAUACAACAUCCUGCCGUCCGCCGGCCUGCUGCUGUUCCCGGAAGACGUGGAGAAGGACGACUGGCUGCAUAAUCCCGAUCCGAACGAGAAGGAGAAACGCGACUGCGACGUCUUCUCAAGGCGCGGGAUUGUCAACGUUGGAGGCCUCGCACUCAUCUCGCUGGGGGUGCUCUUGCUAUUCAUAGGCUAUCCGAUACUAACAUUUGUGCACAAGUUGACCUCGCCAACAGUGGGGCCUUGCACGUACAAUCCGCAGUGCAUAGAUGUGCCAAAGGUCCCGCUUUUGAAGAACAUUCGAACAGGGCUGGUAGACCCCGACACACCGGAUUCUGUCAAAUCAAGAAAGUCCCAUGAUGGAACCACGCAAAAUCUAGUUUUCUCUGACGAGUUCAACACUGACGGGCGAACCUUCUACGAUGGCGACGAUCCUUUCUUCCAGGCAGUGGACAUCUGGUACGGAGUGACGCAGGACUUGGAGUGGUACGAUCCAGACGCAGUCACUACCAAGGACGGCGCUCUUAACAUCCAAUUUGACGCCUUCAAAAACCACGGUCUGAACUACCGAUCUGGCAUGCUGCAAUCUUGGAACAAGCUGUGCUUCAAGGGAGGUCACAUGGAAGCCAGCAUAUCGCUACCUGGACGAGGAGACACUGUCGGGUUCUGGCCGGGUUUCUGGGCCAUGGGAAACCUUGGACGCCCCGGAUAUGCUGCAACCACCGACGGCAUGUGGCCAUACAGCUACCACGACGAGUGCGAUGCCGGCAUUACUCCAAACCAGAGCUCGACCGAUGGAAUCAGCUAUCUCCCAGGAAUGCGACUGCCGGCUUGCACUUGCGCAGGUGAGGACCAUCCAAAUCCGGGCACGUCUCGAAGCGCACCGGAAAUCGACGCUGUUGAAGCCACCGUUGGCAAUUUGGAUGCUGUCAACAUGAUUGGAAUGGUGUCGCAGAGUUUCCAGAUCGCUCCAUUCGAUAUCUGGUACCGAGCAGACACAGAUUUCAUGCAGAUAAAUGACUACUCUGUCACAUCUAUGAACUCGUACCAAGGAGGCCCCUUCCAACAGGCUAUCUCUGUUGUCUCUCACUUGAACAACGACUGGUACGACGGUAAGGCUUACCAGAAAUACGCUUUUGAUUACAAGACCGGCGACGACGGGUUCAUCACCUGGCACGUCGGUGAUGCAGAAACCUGGACUAUGGACGCGAAUGCUAUUAACCAGAACGGCAACAUCGGAAAGAGGGUUAUUCCAGAGGAGCCCAUGUCUAUCAUUGUCAAUUUUGGCAUGUCGAAUGGUUUCUCGGCCAUCAACUUGACUGGUAUUGGAGCAACACUUCCAGCGACUAUGCGCCUCGACUAUAUCCGGAUAUACCAAGACGAGGGCAACGAGCUGAUCACCUGCGAUCCGCCGGGCUAUGAAACGACAGGCUACAUCGAAGACCACCCAGAGCCUUACUCCAACCCCAAUCUAACACUAUGGAAAGCCACAAAGUACGAUUGGCCAAAGAACUCCUUGAUGAACGAUUGCAAGAUGUAACGUCUCGGAUCGCUUCUCAAUUAUGCAACAACCAAUUUCAUCGACUAUCUCAGCGCCUCCAGUUGCUUUCUUCUUUAUAAUGUGGCCACGGCAACGAUUAUUUUGCAAACAUCCUACCAUCGGAACGCAAACAUCUGCGUAUUUCAUAGAUCAAGAACCGGAGUCCCCAAGGCGUUCAGACACGCAUUCGAGCAUUUUCCACACCCUGCAUCACUCCGGAGUCAGUUGGCGCUUUUUUUCAAAUU